AGCCAAAUAAUUAUUUAUCCUUCCAACAUAUGUAUCUGAAAUAGAAAGCAAAACCUUCUUUGAAGCAAAACACACACACAGAGAGAGAAUUGGGAAAUGAAAGUAUGGUGGUGAUGAUCCCCUAAAUUAAGACGUUAUAUUCUCUCUCUAUUAUAAUUCUUUUUGUCUAUAAAUAUCUGCUUCCACAUCUUUUAUACCAUUACUUUGUGUACUCUAUCGAUACUACUUUCAGUUGACUUGUCCUAGCUUGUUUAGUUUUAGAGUAUAAUAGUAAAGAAAGGGUAGUAUUGAUGGGGGAUAGUAAUGUGAACCUUCCACCUGGCUUUCGGUUCUACCCAACAGAUGAAGAAUUAGUUGUUCAUUUUCUCCAACGCAAGGCUUCUCUUUUACCUUGCCAUCCUGAUGUCAUUCCCGAUCUUAAUCUUUACCCUUAUGAUCCUUGGCACUUGGAUGGAAAAGCAAUGGCAGAAGGCAACAAAUGGUAUUUCUAUAGCAGGAGAACACAUAGUAGAAUCACUGAAAAUGGAUACUGGAAAUCAUUAGGAGUUGAUGAACCAAUAUUCUCAAAUGACAAUAAUAAUGUUGGCAUGAAGAAAUACUAUGCUUUUUACAUUGGAGAACCAUCUGAAGGUGUCAAAACCAAUUGGGUAAUGCAAGAAUUUAGUCUUAAUUCUGACUCUUCUUCUGGAAGUAGCCGUUCUUCUUCUAAGAGAAGAACCCGUUCCAAAAAUGACUAUAGUGGAUGGGUAAUAUGUCGUGUAUAUGAGCGCAAAUGUGAUAAUGAUAAUGAUGAUGAUGGCCCGGAGCUAUCAUGCUUGGAUGAAGUUUUUCUAUCACUAGAUGAUCUUGAUGAGAUUAGUUUGCCGCACUAGAUAAUUAAUUUUAUAAUUAGAUCCAAUAAGUUAGGAUCUAAUUAACCUUAAUUACAUCUCUGCUUAGCUAGCAUGCAAUUGCCACCAAAUUAAUUAGAUUUGCUACUUUAAUUUCCAUAGUAAAUGAAAACAGUGUAUGUAACAAAUUAAGAUCAUCAUUAUUAUGAAAUGUUGAUACAUAUGGAAGAAAGUUUUCCCUUA